CGACUGACGAAGUGACGACGGAGGAGGCCAUAUUGUUUUACUGCAGUGUUUGUUUUGGUGCUGCGGUGGCCCGUCUUAAAAUCCAGUUAAAUCAGCCUGGAAAAUUGUCGAAAGUCUUCGACGAGACCGUUAAACGAGAAGAGAAUACUGUGCAAUUUGUAUUACCGAUAUAUUUUCGGGAAACAAAACUCCGUUUGGGGUUCCUCGGCGAUUUUUUGGUGUCAGUCGCUUACGAGACCGUGAAGAGUAAAAAUGGCCUGCGCCACCCUGAAGCGAUCUCUCGAGUUCGAUCCCGUUCACAGCCACGUAAGGCCUUCGAAGAGGCGAAGAUGUGUCCCGAUGUGCAUGUCGCCGAAUACACCACCGGCGAGGAAUCAGAACCCAUCAGCUUUCGGCGAAGUUACACAAAAAUUGACGCCUGAAAAAAUGGCUGCCAACAUCAGAGAAGAGAUCCGCAGGCUUCACCGGCGCAAGCAGCUGCAUUUCAACCCGCAAAACAACAACGGCGGAGAUUCUUCGGACACAGAAGGUCCUGCCAGCCCAUCGACUAGUGGGCCCAGUGCUUACAGUCAUAAUCCAAGCGGCAAAGAAAAACCAUUGUUCACAUUCAGACAGGUGGGAUUGAUCUGCGAGCGGAUGCUGAAGGAGCAGGAGACGCAGAUCCGAGAAGAAUAUGACCAGAUUCUCAACAUGAAGCUCUCCGAGCAGUAUGACGCGUUUGUUAAGUUCACCUACGACCAGAUCCAGAAGAGAUUUGAAUCUGCGGCUGCACCGAGUUAUUUGUCCUAAAGGAGAAUUGCCACUUCCAUGGAUGUGUUUCUUCAAAGAACGUUAGAUUUCUAUGAUAUAAGUGAGAAAAUAAUUUUGCUUGGAGUUAUGAGGGAAGAAAUGUGCGGCGGUGUUACCUCGCUGUGGAGACAUGGGUUGAUUAAAUUUGAAAAGUAAUUUCAUUCGAAGUAUAAAAUAAACAGACGCAACAAAAAACGUAAUAAAAUAAUUUAACAAAAUAUCAAUAAAUAAAAACAUUUCAAAAAAGGUAACGAGGUGUGUGUAUGUAUACAUAUAUGUAUGUAUAUAUAUGUGUGUGUACCUCGACAUGUAUAUGUAUAUAUACAUGUAUAUAUAUGCGUAUAUAGGAAAUUAAGUUAUAGAAGUAGGCUCACUUGCAGAGAGCUACCACACUAAAAAAAUCGACAACGUAUACUACUAAAUUAACAAUAUUUGUACCAUCCGGUUUUCAAAGUCCGCUGUUAUCAGGGAAUCAAAUAGAAAAUUUACAAAGCUAAAGUAGCACAAGUAUAAAAGUAUUUGUAAAUAAAUUGCAUCAAUAUGAUCUGUUAAUGAUACUACAUAUACUGCAGUUGUAUGAAUUUUUUACUCUUCGAAUUUUCUGAAACCAAUUUCUGCCGAUUAACCAUAAAGCCUCCCGAUAAGGAUCUGAUUAUGUACGAUCGAUUAUGACUUCAACUUCUCCCAACUGACCAACAACAAUUAAUAACGAACGGAAGAAGAUUGUUUACAGUCAUGGUUACUUUGAGUAUCGAUCACUGAUGCGAAGGUCUAAGGUCUAACGUGAUUUAUUAUUGAUUGCGUUAGUCUCGAUGAAAUUUCUCCGGCUUUUCGUUAUAAUCAUCUUCUAAUAUUUUUAUUUCUCUAAUCUCGCAAUUAUAAUAACAAAUAAAAUCUGCAUAUUUGGAUGGUGAUAUAUAAGUAUAUACGUUUUUGUAAUGCUAUGUUAUUAGGUCAAUCUCUAAAUUAUAAAGAAUGUAUUUUUUAAUGAAUAUAUUCCCUCUUUUCGGGGUAUUGCAUCGAUGCUUUUAUUAGAACUUUUAAUUUGAAAUCUUGACCUUCUUUUCCUCUUGAAACAAAAGUUUUUUGCUGGUAGAUAUAUUUUUUCAUCUUUGUUUUAUUUUUUCUCUCUUUGAUUUUUUUUUUUUUUUAUUGAAAUGUAGCAUUUAUAAAUGUAUUCGUAAAUUAUACGCGUUGGAAGAAGAAGAAAGUAGAUGAAAAGAACUGUGCACCAUGCUAGGGCUAAAAUUCAAAAAGAACUGAUACUGUUUUCACAUUAUUUUCAUUAUUAUUAUUAUCACUAUUACUAUUAUUGUUGUUGUUAUAAUUCUUUCCCUGACAACAGCAACUUGCCAUAGCAUAAUGAAAUUCAAUGCCGAAUAAUGAAUAUACAUACUAUUACCCAUACAUUUACUGUGCCUAUUAUUAGACAUAUUUAUUACUAUUACCCAACACUGCUAUAAUUAUUACUUAUUACUAUUCAUCGUAAUUAAAAAAACAAAAAUAAUAUUGAAGAAAAAAAAAAAAUUGUUUUUAGUUGAUAAUGAUUCUACAUAGGCGAUGUUAAUUGUUUUUUUCUUUUUUUACAUAUACGUAUUAUUCAUAUACAUAUAAAUUAGGCGCAUAACUUUCUUAAGAUGAAUCCGAAAAUGAUAAUUCGUCUUGGUUACCAUAUAUAUUUCUUUGCUAUUCACACGGUUCAAGAAAUGAACGAAAGACAAAUUCUAAGUAUCAAGGAAGAAACUUAGCAAAAGAGUAUGAGGAGUUGAAAAAACAGAGUAGUUUUUUUUUUUUUUUUUUUUUUUUUUUUUUUUGUUGAAAGAAAAUCAAGGAGCCGUGUUUCAUUAUUUGCCAAAUUGAAAUUCGUUAAGUUUUAUUUGUUCGAUCAAGAGAUACUUGAAACCUAGUUGACUGGAGAACAAAAAGUAGUUAAAUACAAUUCGUCAACGAUAUUUGGAUUCUGGGACGUAGUGACGAUCUCGUUAUUCAAUACCAGGCAAAAAUGCCAAAUCUUCUGAUCUUAUUAUUGUAUUUAGUUCAAGCGAUAGCACAGUAACUUUUGUUGAGCUGAGAAAAAUUCAAGGAAUGAGAAACACUGCGAUCCGUUGAAAAAUGACUCGUUCUAUCGUAGUAAAUACAACGAGGGACUGAAAACUUUACAAUUAUUGCUCUGGCAAGAUUAAGAACCAGAUAAACUGUCAUAGCUAUUGUGAAACCUUAGGUGAUAAAUGUAAAUUAAUGACUGUGUAUGUCUUGAAAUCAACAAAAGUUAUUGCGCGGACUGUACGUUAUAAUAAUUUUAAUAUUAAGAAACGUAAACAAAUUAAAUAAUUGAAAUUGAACGGCGCAAUUCGUCAAACAGCAUAUAUGUAUCCUAAUGACAAGGAAGAAAAUGUUAAAAUAUUGUGAAAAAAAAAAAAUUAUGAGUGAUGUAUAAAUAUGGAAGGGAAAAACAAAACGAAAAAAAGAAACUUAAAAAUAAAUACAAAUAAAUUUAGUUAGUAUAUUGAAUAAUGAAUACUACCUAAUACUAAUGAUUAAUAAUGAUUAUAUUAAGAAGCAACGAUGAGAAAAACAGCUAAGGUAAAUUCCUUGGAAGAAAUCAGAGAUUUGAUUUCGAUGAUUAAAAAUACCUCCAUAUUAAUAUUAUGUAAGCACUUAUUAUUGAAAUAAAUAUAAACCUUAAGACUGAUUUUUA